AAAACUUCAGCAAUGUCAGCAAUCGAACCAUUGAUUAUGUCGGGCUUUGAACUAUUGCAGAAAUAAUAAGCGUAUAUAAACUCAAGCAAAUGUGUUAUUUUCAUCAGUUUUGUUUUACCAACAAUACAGCACCAACCAAACACUCAAAAUGUUCAAAUACUUCGCUCUCGUUUUCGUCGCACUCUUCGCCUUCGCCGCUGCUGAGCCUAAACCAGCUGUGAUCGCUGCUCCAUUGGCCUACUCCGCCCCAUUGGUGGCCUCCCCCUACGCCGCUGCCUAUGCUGCCCCAUAUGCCGCAUACGCCGCAUCUCCCUAUGCCGCCUACGCUUCACCCUACGCUGCCUACUCCGCUUACCCCUACAACGCCGCCUAUGUGCUCCGCAAGUAAACGGAAUGUAGCAGUGGAAUUGUCAAGCUGUGAUUGUGCAAUAAUUGAAAUUGAUUGGCAGUGAAUAGGACCAAAUUUGACUCAAACUUAUUGGAAAUAAUGAAAUAAAACUGGAAAUUUAAAAACGAAAUCACAAACUUUUAUUAUUUUAAAAUUCUUUUCUACGCCACUCAUACAUGCUUCUCAUUUUGAGAGCAUAAGAAUGCAAUUUUCAAAUACUAAUACAAAUGCUGAUUUGUAAGUUCUGCGAAAUUCCUUCGAAGUUAGUUAGUUUAUUGCAGUAUUGUUCUAAAAUUA